AUGGAAGUCGAGGUGGACGCAGACUUUGGGCCUCACAACGCCAGCAGCGGCAGCGGCAGCGGCAGCGGCAGCGGCAGCGGCAGCGGCACGCCAGCCAUUCCUGCAGUGCCACAGGAGGGCAGCGUCAAGAGCCGCGGCGCCGGCGGGGCCGCCGCGUCGCACAAGCCGCGUGGGAAGCUCAUGUUUGAAUCGCCAUUUGGCGGAGCCCUAGGGAUGGCCGAGGCGCUCGCCGGCGCCCUGAAACCGAGGGCGACCUCUGAUGCCGCCACCGGCAUCAGCGGCAGCGGCGGGCCACCCCUCCAGCAGCAAAAUCGGCGGCCUGCCGGGGGCGGCGGCGGCGGCCCGGAAGACGAAGAGGUGGUCGAGGUGGUGGUCGCAUAUCUGACGUCGUACGAGCACAUGGGGCGGGCGCGGCUGUCCUGCACGUCGGGCUGCGGCUGCGAGCCCCGGGAGGUGGACGCGCACCACGACAAACACAUCUCAGUCUCCGCCGCCGCCGCGCUGCGGGUCUGGCGCGCGGACGGCAAUGGCGGCGGUGGGCUGGCGCGGUGCGUGGUGAGGGUUGAGGUGCUGGGGGGGACGAGCUCGGGGCAGCACAAGUUCAAGGUCAUCCAGAUCGUCACGCGCGCCAAGCGGGCGCACCAUGCCGCAGCGGCGGCGGCGGUGGCGCCGGCGGCGGCGGCGGGGGUAGCGGUGGAGCGCAACCUGGCUGGCGGGGCCGGUGGGGGCGGGACGGGGCCGGGCAGCGCGGGGGCUGGGGCGGAGCGGUAG